CGCCUGCGGAACGCGGGGUCACAGGGGCGUGACGAAAACGGGGAUCGUACGGGGUGCGGGCGGCAGGCGCAUUCUUGUCAAAAUUCAUUUCGCUGGCGAUGCGGCUAGCGAACGCUUGUGUUAUUUGUUACGGACGCUUUUUGAGGGCUAUACAUGAGAUUACAUUUUUAAGAUGAGUCGAAAGAUUUUCGGACAUAAAAUUAACAGUCAGUGCAAGCAAAUAGCUUUUAACGUUUAUGAAUAUUUUAGAAAAAAAAAACUGGAUCCAAAUUCUGAUGAAUAUCAACAAGAUAUACCGUUAAACAAAACCGUAGCAAACGUUACUGGACUAUCGGAAAAGACUGUAUCUAGAAUUGUACAACAAGGAAAAUUAUUAAAAAACAAUGAAAAAUUUAAAUCACCGAAGAAAUUGAAACAAAGCCGCAGGAAAAGGGUGGAAGUAGAUGAUUUCAAAAAAGGCGUGGUAAGAAGAAAAGUUACUCAGUAUUACACAAUUUUUAAAAAAAUACCAACUCUGAAAUCCUUGAACGCUACCCUUAGAGAAGAUAAUGUAUUAUACUGCGGCAGAGAAUAUUUAAGAUUAUUAUUACAUGACCUAGGUUUUAAAUUUAAAAAAUGCGGAUCUAAAAGGAAACUCCUUAUUGAACAGCCAAAUAUAACAUCGUGGAGGUGGAAAUAUCUAAAUACUAUUAAAAAGUAUCGUAGAGAAGGAAGACAUAUUUUAUAUCUUGAUGAAACUUAUGUCAAUGCGUCUCAUAACGUUUCAAAAUGUUGGCAAUCAAAGGAUGAACACGGAGUAUUGUCUCAUAUUGGUAAAGGAGAGCGUUUGAUCAUCAUACAUUGUGGUGGCUACACUGGAUUUGUCGAUGGAGCACUUGUGAUAUUUAAAUCCAAAUGUAAAACAGGUGAUUAUCACGAUACAAUGAAUUUCGUGAAUUUUAGUAAAUGGCUAAAUGAAAAGCUGAUGCCUAAUAUUCCACCAAAUUCAGUAAUAGUAAUGGAUAAUGCAGCUUAUCAUUCGGUUAGAGUAGAAAAAAAGCCGACUAUGGCCUCUACCAAGCCAGAAAUGCAAGAUUGGCUACGACGACAUGAGGUGCCUUUUGAUGAUAAAUUAAAAAAGGAUGAUUUAUCCAAAUUAAUUAAAAGCCAUUACACAGAGGACAUAUAUAAAAUUGAUGAGUUAUUGAAAGCAAACGGCCAUGAAGUGUUGCGUUUGCCUCCUUACCACCCAGACCUGAACCCAAUUGAGUUGGUCUGGGGUGAUAUUAAAAGACAGCUAGCAGAAAAAAGUAUCGACUCCAAUUUGGACCAGAAAAAAAAUAUGUUGGAAAAUUUAUUUGCUGAAUAUUCCGCAGAAAAGUGGGAGCAUUGUAUUAACCAUGUAAUUAAAGUCGAGGAUGAAUACUGCGAACAUGACGGAGUUCUAGAUGACGUUGUUGAUUUUAUUAUUAAUGUGCACGAUGAUUCAGAUAAUUCGGAUGAUGGCUGCUUUGAAAGUGAAGAAUCAAGUUCUACUGAUAUUGAUAUGGACAUAAGUGAUUGAUUACUAAUUUGGAUAGGUAUAUCUUGCACACAAUAAAUUUUACAUGAAAUACGACAUGAAUUGUUUCAUUAAAAUUUUAUAAACUAAAUUAUUUUCUUUAUUAGAAAAU